AUGGAGUGCGCUUCGCUUCUGUUGAAGCUGGCGCACGCACAUGGCUCUGUAACCGACGUUAUCAAAGAUUCAGUUCGUGAUGUAAGUAUAAAUAAAGUAGAUUCAGGAAAAGUGGCAGUUCCAUUAUAAUUCAAAUGUUCUUAUUUCACUUUUUAUGUUAUUUCAUAUCAUUAUUAUAUCGUGAAACUCUAAUUUGAUGAACAUUUCUAGGUUUUCCGAACCUGCAGUUACGGUUUCGCCGUGAAGAACAUUGAAAAUUAUCCCGAUGAACAGAACAAUGUGGAAAUAAUUAAUAUCACGGUUCGUAUUGAAAAGAAGUUCAACUUGAUGAAAAAUGAAAAUGAAAUUUUUGAUUUUCAGGUUACUUUCAACGCAAAACAGCUCGAACAUGCAAAGUUAUUAGAUUUACUGAAUCAAAUCCUCAAAAGUGUUCAAUCUUUCGUGGACUCCAUCGUUUUGAGAGACAAAAAAUUGUUCUAUUCCACUUGGAGGUAGGUGAGAACACGAAAAUCAAAAAAUUUAAGAAUUUAUGGAAACCGUAUUUAAAAUAAAGUUUCAGAUCUUCUACAAGUUUUGCAAUCAAAAAAUUCAGCUUCGGGAACAUUAUCGGCAAGGAAUUUCACUGUCAUUAUCGAGUUCGUUUUCUUAGCAAAAUGGUCAAUUUUCUCGGUUUUUUUUUGCAGUCUCGAGACAAUUCAAUUCAUUACUGUCAUAAAAGAACCACGGCAGAAGUUUUCAAUGAUAUCCAAGAUUUGAUGUUUGUUAAGUGGGCAGACUGGUUGAGCAACGGUGCCACCCGCAGUUUCGAUAUUCGGGUAUAUAUUAGAAGGAAUUUUUCAUGAGGUUCUUGUUCAGGUUCGACGUUUCAACAUUCGCAGGGUGACUUUUGAUCCGAUUCGCCACGUUGUUUAUUUUGAACUAAUCAACCCGGCCUCUAUCCGCAGUGAGACUGAAGUGAGUACGGGAAAUCGGAAGCAGACAUUUCUUGCGGUUUUUUUUCUUUUCCAGAGAGAUAAGGGGUCAGAGAAACUGCGCUUUUUUCAUUUCAGAGUGAGAAAGAACGGAACCAGCAGAAGUUCAAGCAAAUGUGGCGAAUCGGAGCCCUCGGCGGUGCCCCAGUGCACGCCUUUGCUGACAGUCACGUUUUCGCCGUUCAUUUUGAGGAUUUUUGGGUAUAUGCAAAAAGUUUUAACAUGAAUAGAAAAAGGUAAGGACGGAAGAUUUAAGAAAUAAAAGCCGCACUUGUUUUGAGUUAUAAAUGGGAAAAAAAACCUCAGGUCCCGUUUACAGUUUAUUUCAAGAAUAAUAAACCAAUUCUCAUGUUGAUAGAAUUAGGAAUAAAAUCUUUCAUUCGCAUUUUUCUUUGAUAUUAUGAAUUUUAAAAAAAAUUUGGGUGACUCGAGUUUUUGCUAGGAUUUUUUUCCCACCAAUGCCAGCUCAGCUUUUUUUAUUUCAUUUCAAUAAAGUAAUAUUCUAGGAUGGCACGCAGGAAUAUUCUUUGCUUUCUACGAUUCGUGCUAGGUGCGACGUUGACUUUGAGAUUCGCUCUAUCGAGGUUGUUAUUCAUUUUUUAGAAGCAGUUCUGUAAUAAGUGUUGAUUCUCUGUCCAUCCUUCGGAGUUCCAGAGUGGCCCCUACAGGGGUUUAGGGUCUGACCCCUUAGCCCCUAAAGCUGAAGUGGAUCCUAUAGGGAUCGUUCAAUUUCAUUCAAAAACGCUUAUUUAUUCAGUUUUUCCCAUGAAAAUUCUCUUAGGGUUCAUAUCAAUUAUUGACAAGCAGGGGCAACCAAUGAAAACUCCUAUAGGGACCACUUCUGCAAGCUCUAAUGGCCUCUAUAGGGUUCGUAAAGUCCUCCUUAGAGGGGACCCUCCAAAAGCCUCUAUAGGGACCACUCUGAAGUUCCUAAGUCAAUCGUUCGAAAAAAGAAGAUUUGUUCAGGAGAAAAAUGCGCUCAUUAAGAAAAAUGAGCCUUUUUAUUUCGCGUGGCGUCCAACAGGCGUUCCAACUAAAGCCGGUAACAAAGUGACCGAAAUGCUGUACGAGAAUGAGGAGUUUCGCGAGUUUCAAAACAAUGUACGGAGACUUCGAAAAAGUCCAAAGAAGUUUGGGUUUAGUUGAAAGCGGCGGCCAGGAAAAAACAUCCAGACAGCCAGAAGGACAACGAUUUGGCCCAUCAGAAGUGGUUCUCGGUGGUUUAUCUCAUCGAGGCUAUUUUAUCAAGGUUGAUCUUUUUUUUUCUGUUCGAGUUUUCAAGGAUUUUUUUUUCAUUCAAAAAUAUUUUAUAGAAUAAGAACAGACUAGUUUUAAAUAUCUUUAAAGGCUUGUUUCCUCUCGUCGAACUUUUAUCAUUGCGAAAAAACUUUAUUCUUCCAUUGAACUGUCAAAAAGUCCAUAAAACGAAAGAAUUAUCGAAGAAAAUGUUUUGAAAACGGUAAAUAAUAAAACGGGAGAACGUGACCGAGAUUCGCAAAGGCAAUGACGCUUCACGUCCACAAGGCCACGCAGCGGAGUGUCGUUUCGUGAAAUUUCAAGUGCCAAUAUUGUAUACGUCAGAGUUUUAUUUCAAGCUUGCGAUCUUUCGAUUUUUUCAAUAUUUUAUUCGCGGAAGAAUUUUGGCUUGCUGUUAAAAAUGAAAAACAGUUUUAAUAAAGUUUUUUUUGAGAAGCGGCUCCAUCAAGUAUUUGCUGCUCACGGAGCGAUCGUCGUGGAUAAACUUCCUGAGCUUGAUCGUGAAUCUCUUCGAGAAAAAUGAUCGGGUUUUCAUUUGAACGUUUUUGAAAGAAAUUAAUUUUCAAGGCUUGCGAAUAUACGAUGGAAUCUCUGGUGAAAAUGAUUGACGAACGUCGAAAUAUACGGGAUAUUUGCUCGACGCUGCGAAGUGAAUUUGAAAAAUUCAGUCGGGAAGGCCUGAAAGAGGAAAAAACGAAGAGAUAUACGACUCAGGCCGGAAUGGACGACAUGAUCAAAAUACGGAAGGUUAGUAGAGUGGAAAAAAAGCUGUGAAAUAAAAAAUAAUGAAAUAAUCUAAUUAUUUAAGCUCGGGCGUUUUAUAGCUGAUUCACGGCCAGAUUAAAACGCUAAGGCGGCGUGUCCUGUCUGCGCUCUCCACGAGCCAGGCGCUGUCUCGUGCAUUAUCGUAUCAGGACCAUUUUUUCGAUGGCUCAAGCCAGCCGUUAAUCAGCUAUAAUUCAGCGCAAAUCCCUUCUCUUAUUUUAGAGGUCUUUGGCUUUUUUUCAUGUUUCCGCAGGUUUUUCUCUAACUAGAUUCUUUUCUGAAUAGUAAUCAUCAUAAUAAACAGUUAUUUGUUGAGUUUACUCAAAUUAAAGUUAGAAUCAUUUCCCUUAGGUUGAGUUUUAAUUUCGCCAACACGAUCUGUAGUCAAAAUUUGGUCUCAUUCCUCAUUUUUCAAAGUUUUUGUAAGUCAACUCUUCCUCUCGGACUUAUCGGCUCCUUUACUUGUCCUUGUAGGUUUAAUUUUCUGAACUUAAAGGUCGAAAAAAAAAAUUCGAAACUUUCUUCAGGUUAUUUUGACACCGACGAGAAUUAUUCCUUGCGUCCCAGAAAGCGUUCUCAGCAACCGAGUGCUUCGAAAUCAUACAAAGGACACGACUCGCAUCGUUCGAGUCAUUUUUCGGUUUGAAAAUGUUUUUAAAAGGAGAAAGGUCGAUCUGUUCGAUGAAUGGCACCGAUGUAAUUUUAAAAAUUAUUCUUGGCAAAGAAAUUUUCGAAGCAAUAAGUGUAUUUUUUUCAUAGAUGAAAUAAUUUUAUUGUUUCUCAAAUUUUCUCAAAACUUCUUCAAUUUUCGUUUUUUUUUUCAAAAUUCUAUUUUUCAGUGAUGACGACAUGUUGAAGUUAUCCAACUCGCACUUGAGUGGAAACCGCAUCAAGUCAACCCUGGAAAAAUAUUUUGCCCACGGUUUUUGGGUCGCAGGUUCGCCUCGCAGAACAUUUUUAAGUCUUGCGUUUUUUCAGACAAGGAAUACGGGUUCCUCGGCGCGUCGUCGUCACAGAUGAGGGAUCAUGGAGCCUAUUUCUACGAAAAAUUCUCGAAAAAAGAACGAGAUGAAUAUGAAAGACGAGGCCUGAACCUGCCAUUGUACGGUCUGAAGAUCCAGAGGGUUCGCCAAGAGUUGGGAAAAUUCGACAAGUGCAAAAAUAUCAACCAAGUCAUGGCUCGCCUUGGACAGUGUUUCACGCAGACGAGGGUCCAGUUUCACUCAAUAUUAAAUUUUUCCUAUAGCUGAUUCACGGCCAGCUUGGGAGGCAUGUACUGUCUGCGCUCUCCACGAGCCAGGCGCUGUCUCGUGCAUUAUCGUGUCAGGACCAUUUUUUCGAAGACUCAAGCCAACCGUGAAUCAGCUAUACCCGAUUUUUUUUCUCUCUGAGAGCUCAAAAAUGACAUCAUUUUUUUUUCAGGAAGGUGUAAUUCUUAAACCAGAGAACUUUAUCGAGAUCGCAGACGUGACUAAAGUCGUUGAUGGGUUGGCUUCAAAAUCAUAUCCAACGUCACUAUUAUUUUAAGGAAGGAAUAUAACUUUACGGAUGGCGUCGGCGCAAUCAGCAUAGAUUUCGCGCAAGAACUCAUGAAAAAGCUCUUUCGGGCUUCGAAAAACUACAGAGCUCCUUCAGGCUUCCAGGUGCCGCGUGAAAAAAAAAUUUGUUUCGCCCUUUAAAAAACUUUUUCGAGACUCUUAUGUCCCACACCGCAACCGCGACGCGUUCAGAGCCAUUUCACAUGCGACUUUGAAAAAAGAAAAGUCAAUUUUCAGAUCCGAUUCCGCGGCUAUAAAGGAAUGCUUUCGUUGCAAGUGGACAUGAGCUUGUUCACAAAUGAUGAAAAAGUUAAUUGUGUUUUUCGCAAGAGUCAGAACAAGUAGGAUUUUAACCGAAAAAAUCAGACCCACUAAUCAUUUGAAGGUUCGAGUCGGACUCGAAAAACAUCGAAGUGGUCAAGUAUUCGACGCCGACAAAGGUCAAUCUUUGCCGGCCUUUCAUCAACCUUCUUGAUCAGGUUGGGUGGAAACUGGCAAGCUUCGAAAAAGAAGCCGCGCUUGAUAGGGGAAAAAGAAGCCUUUGCCCUUUUUUUGAUGGUUUAAAACGAGGGGGGACUCGAACCUACGACCCACGUUAGAAAUGAGUCUUACCAACUGAGGUAUGCCGCUUCUAACUUUCUAGUAGAGAAAUAAGUUUUUCUAGAAGUUUCGGUGGCUGUGAUGAUUUUUCAUUAAAACCCUAUGGUGGAACUUUAAUUCUCAGUAGCGAAAAAGCAGCUCAGAGAGUUUCAGAAAGAUUCAGCUCAGCUCCAUACAAGGAAACUGCGGGUAAAAGUUUUUUUUUCUGACGAUACUGUACCACCGCGACCUAUUUUCACACGAUUCUUGCCUUUUUCAGGUUUCUGAAAUGCAGUCGGAGGCCUGCCACGAAAGAGUUUGGAAUCGAGUUUUGGAGCUGCUGGACCUCGACUUGAAAACGUGUGCUCGUUCUCUAUUGGACGGAGACGUUGCCUUUGAUCGUUUAUCGGUUGAGCAGACUUGAUAACUCUCGAAUGAAAGUGAACUUUCAAGGAACAACCACGACUUUUGUCUCUUUCGAGUGUUCGCGAUGCACAGGUUCCAGUCAUUCAGGAGCCGUUUUUCCGAUCUCUCCUUCUUGCUGACGCCAGAGUCACGAUUGGUUUGAAAAAAAUGAUAAAUAUCAUGCGAUAGUUAAUUCAGUUCAAAGCCUUAGCAUUUUUUUCACGGGUUUUUAUGCCGUGUUCAAUUUGAUCCCGCGAAAUGCAAAAUGAUCUCUGACUCUCCAAAAUUUAGUGAUCUUUUCCUUUCUCUAACGAAUAUUUUGCAUUUCGCGGAAUCAAAUUGAACACGGCAUUAAAAUUUGUCCACCUCGGUCACUCGAGAUUUCUUGAAUCAAGAAAAAAAUAUGCAAUCAAAAGUCCGAUUUACAUAAAAUCACUGACAAGUCUGUUCUCAAAAUCAAAAGGUACUCUGCCGCUCCUAUUCUCCGUUAAUAUCCCUUUUGAUUUAUUUUACCCAUCUUUAUUAAGUCAGUCUGUCGUGAUGUUAUUCACCGAUAUCUUCAAAAUCAUCAGUUCUUUGAAAAUCGGAAGCUGAAAAGUUUUUGGAGGUCCAGCCUUUAAUAUAACUUAAAAAAUUGAUGGAAACUUCAAAAAGAUGAUCUUAUUAAAUUUUCUUGUUGCGUAUAUCCUAGAAAAUUGGCGUAUUUCUAUUCAAAAAUCAUUUCAAAACCGAGUAUCACAAAAGCGGCAACGUUCAGGGCGCCUAAUGAAAAAGGCCAAAAUUUCGAUCCCAACGCAUCUGGGCCGUUCGAUGCUUGGAGUUUCCGAUGAAACGAAAAAACUACAGCAGGGUCAGGUGUUCGUACAGUACACCAAUGAUGUCAACUACCGUAUCGUGCCGAAACGCGCCAAAACCACUGUUGUUUCGGGUUUUCAGCGAAGAAACAAUCUUUUCUUAUCGUAAUGUUUCAGGAACGGUGCUGAUCACGAAGAAUCCGUGCAUCAGUGCUGGAGACGUCAGGAUCUUCGAGGCCGUCGACAUCCCGGAGCUCCGGCACUUGGUUGACGUCGUCGUUUUCCCGCAGAAUGGCUCGAGGCCUCAUCCGGAUGAAAUGGCUGGUAGGGCCAUUUUAUCCAAAGUUGAUAGAGUUCUUUUGAAAUUGAGCUUUGAAGGCUCUUCAUUUAAACUGAACGAGAAAAAUAUUAAAUUGAGCCGCUUUUGUUUUAUCUUCAUUUCUCUGACUUUUUAUUGUUUUACUGAAAAUCUCUGAACUUCUGUAAGCACGCCUCCAUGUUUUCAUAGGCUCUGACCUCGACGGAGACGAAUACUCAGUGAUUUGGGAUCAGGAUUUGCUACUGGAGAGGAACGAAGAGCCGGAAGAGUACGUCAAUGAAAAGAAGCUCGAAACUGUCAAUCACAACGAUUUGGUGAUAGAAAACACGAGGAGAAAAAUUUUUAAAAAGUUUAGGACGCUAAAAUGCUCGAAUGUUUCACAGAGUAUGUUCUUUUGGACAAGGUUGGCGUUCACUCUUCGAAUCAUCUUCAUCAAUCAGAUCAGUACGGCGUCACCUCGAAAGUCUGGAAAAUAGUUCUAAUCAUAAAAAAAUGGCGUUGAAGGUUGCCGUUCAACUGGCCAAAAAGAUUGAGAAGGCGCUCAAUUUCCCGAAAAGCGGCAUUCCCGCUGAGAACGCGUCGCAGAAAUGGGAAGCUGGAAGUGAGUUUGGAGGAGCUUGGACUCGAAAAAAAUCCAUCAUAAAAGAGAUAUAGUCUGUUCAGAUUUUGAAUGUCAAGUCGUCGCUGAAGCCCCGCCCCCUAAUGGCGCGAUAAACCAAUCAGAGAGCGAGCCAUCCACAGAGCGUUUUCGAAUGACGUCAUUGCACUUGACAUUCAAAAUCUGAACAGACUAUAGAACCUUUGAAACUUACUGAUGAGCUUCCAAAUUGUGUUAUAUUUCCAAAUUUUUAAGAUCAGGCUCAGAGGCAGAAUUCCUAUAAAGUUAGAAUUAUAUUAAGGACCGCCGGAGCGACCGGAACGCUUCCCGGACUUCUAUCCGUCCUCUUCGGAUUCCCUGGUUAUCUAUAGAAGUAUGGGUUUGAACGGGGUCGUGUUUCGGUGAGCAACGGGGAAAGUUCAAGAGCAAAUAAAGGAGUUUUAGAAUCAUGAAGCAAUUGCAACUUGUCGUCGAGAAUCCGGUGAAGGAUCUCUUUCCAGUUGAAAUGGACAAGACAAUCAUUGGGGACGACAAUGACGCGUGGCGCAACUAUAUUACGACAGCUAGAACUGAAUAUUCGGCUUAUGAGGCUCAGCUUAGGGUCGGAGUUUGAAAAAGGAGUAUAGGAACUUGAUUUGAGACUAGGUAAAAGUAAGAUUGAAGUGAGAGUCUUCAAAAUCUUCAACUUACCAGGAAACAUUCCCCCAUCCCGUUUGAACUUUUGCUGAAACAUUGCUGAAGUGUACUUUUAGGGCCCUCUGAUUGCAGAUCAAAAAAAAAAUUUCUCGCAAUAGAUCUUGUUUCCGAGUUAUAAAGCUUCAAAGCGUGCAAAAUUAGCUAAUUGAGCCAAAAAAGCGCUAUUUCGGGCUUUUGAGGGGUCCUAACUCGAAAACGAGAUAUGUUGCGAGAAAAUUUCUUUCUUUUCUGGAAUCAGGGGGACCUAAAGUACCCUUCAGCAAAGUUUCAGCAAAAGUUCAACCGGGGGGUAAAAAACGUUCCCUAGUUAGAAAAAAAUCAAUCGUAUUCCUUUCUUCUAAUUUUUCCGUUACUUUCUGUUUUUUUUUAUUGCCCUUUUUGCGAUUUUUCUAUGAAAAUCACUUCAGAAGUUCUUUCAGCACCUGAUGAACUACUACGGAAUCAAAACGGAAGCCGAAAUCUUCUCCUCCCGUUGGUUGGACAUUGCCAAUCGAAUGCAGCAAAACGACAACGAGGACCGCUCAAUGUUCAACACGGAUCACAUCAUACGACAGGAAAUGGCUCAGUUAUACUCGAAAUACCGGAAAUCCUUUUUUGAAGUACUCUCGACCUUUGUCUUUUCUCAAUCGCAAAAUGUUUCUAAGGAGUUCGGCGGGUACAAAGCUUCGACGUCGGAGGAAACGGACGAGUCUCACGUCGAUUUGCCGUCGGUGUUGUCGCGAAAUUGCAACCAAGUCGACGAUAAAUGGGUCCAGGCCAAAGCGAUCGCCUAUUACCGUGUUUGCUAUGGCGAGUGAAAAUUUCUACAACGUAACAAGGCUCAAUAGCAGCUGGCUGCGGCACUUCUGAUUAGGGCUCAUCAAUUUUAUUGGAAGCUGCUCCACUCUUUUAGAUGAGCUCUAAUAAGGCUGAGAAGCUCUUUCAAUGUUUGGAAAAAUAAGAUCAUGGUUGGAUCUUUUGUUGGCUAUGUAUUGAAGCGUUAAGGUCAGAAGCCUCGAACUAAGUUGGCUGUUCAAAUUUCUUCAAUGCUGAAGUCCUCCUUGCAGAAGACGCAAUGCAGUCCAGAGAUUUUCGCUGCCUAUCGUUCGCCUGGCUUCCCUGCGAAGUCCUGUGCCAUAUUCGUCGUCAACGUCUUCUGAAGACCUACGACGAAGCGUCAACACGUGCCGGAGUCAGAACCGCCGCCGACGUCGUCAACCCGCUGCACGAGUCGAUUCAGAAGGCGUGUGACUCCUAUUUCGAAAAGACUUCUACGGUUGCCGAGAGAAUAGCGAAGAUGUCGAAGCUUCCUUUGAUUGCCGAGUAUAUCAGCGGUGUGAGAGGUACUAGAAGCUCCUUGUCAGAGACAUCUGGAAGAUUUCCUCGAUUGCAGGUAUCGACAAAAUUUUCGAGCUUUUAUUCGCUUGGACGUCGAAAGUUGGCGGAGGGGUCAAGACGGCUGUCGUUUUAUGCUACGUUUUGAUCCACUUUGGAGCCACCAAAAAGCCAGAACCAGCCGCCAAGUAUUAUCUACCAAAGGUUUUCAGUAGGAGUCGAUUCGAAAUUAGAUAAGAUGGAUUCAGUUGGAGCUUGGAAAAGAGCAAGAAGCUUCGGAUUUGGAGCGGCCGGCUCGACUUAUUGUCGACUUUUUCGAAUUUAUCGCCACCCACGAAGUUUUGAAGACGCCCGAAUCAGUUAUUCCAGAGACCAUGGCGGCUUCUUACGCCGAUCGUCUCAACCGACUUCAAAUCAUUCGAACGGUUUUGAAAUCAAGGUCAAAGAAAAAAAAAUUGUUCAAUUGAUCUUUUAGAUGGCAGUGGACGCCUACUACGAAAUGGUUUUCAACCAUCGGUUUUUCCUCGGCGAUUCUUUGCCCGUUUUUGCGGUGGCAGACAAAGAAUCUUUCACUAUCAACUAUGGGGGUGAAUUUGCGUUUUUUUAAAAAUUAUUUAUUGCCGUUUUAAAAUAAGCUUUUUGAUGUAUUCAGUCAUACCCGGCUUGUAAAAAAACGUGAUUCACCUUUUUCGACAGCUUUUCAAUAAUUUCAAAUUUACAAGGAUAGUUUUUUCUACAUUUUAUCUAUGAUUGCCUUGAACCUUGUGUUUUUUUCCAAAAGCCGCGUUCAAUUCCGGUUUUAAAUGCUCAACGAGUUCUAAUCAUACAUGGUGAUGACUGGCGAAAGCCAAGUCCCCCCUGCUUCCAAAAUGAAUUUUUUUGAUGUACUUGAUUGUUUGAUUUUUUUCAUAAGAUUAGACUAGCGCUAUCCAGCCCGCACCCUGAAUUUUUGCCAACCCCCCUUCACUCGUUUUUGAAAAUUUCCCUCCUCUUUUCCAGGAGACUAUCCUAUGUAUGGUUUGAAUUUCCCGAUUUCCUUCUUUGGUUUUCAGAAGAGCAAUGUUUUGAUUGUAAUCAACAAGAUAUUUUAGCCAACUCGCUAUUAGACAUCGUGGAGAAGGUCAAGCGAAGAACUGGCGUGGAAGAGUUGUGGGUGAGAGAAGUGCGAGGGCAAAAAUAUUAUGUUCCGUAUGUUGGAAUGAUUUCAACUCGUGAGUUUUUGUGUAUUUUAGUUCCUAGUUUGAAACUUCCCGGGUAAUAAAAAAAAUGUUCUGUUGUAAAAUAUGAAAAAUUUCACUUUUCAACUUCAUAAUGGCACUUUUUUCAUAACUUCAUUCAAACUUUUGCAGGAAAUUUACGAGUUUCUUGCCGCGCGACAGAAAUAUCCUACCGAAAGUUGCGAGAUCUGCUGAUCCCCGACUACAAAAAGAAAUGGCGCCGACUGAGCCCCGAAGACCGAAAAGCUGACCUUGUCCAGCAAAUUUGCAAGAAUCUCGGCGAAAAGUAUAUCGACGAGUCCUUCGAUAUCGAGGAUUACUUAGAAGAUUACCUUGGUUGUUAUCACUUCGACUGA